AUGACCGGAAAACAACAAGCAGUGACUUGUAAGUGGGCAGGGGCUGGUUGCACCCACCCUGCUCCUCCACGGCCCGUCAUCAGCGAGUCCUGCAGAUCGCGGAGCGGUCCUAUAAGCGCUUCUCCAGCAGACCUGCGGACACUUUCCCCGCAGUACGAUGAGUUGGCUCAUUACGGAGGCGCGAUGGACGGAGUCGGAGUCCCCACUUCCAUGUACGGAGAACCGCACGCCCCACGGCCCCUGUCCCAGGUCCACCAUCUGAACCACGGGCCGCCGCCGCACCCGACGCAGCAUUAUGGAGCCCACGCGCCGCACAACAUCAUGCCCAGCAGCAUGGGCAGCGCCGUCAACGACGCACUGAAGAGAGACAAGGACCAAAUCUAUGGCCACCCUUUAUUCCCUCUGCUGGCUCUGGUGUUCGAGAAGUGCGAGCUGGCGACCUGCACGCCCAGAGAGCCCGGGGUGGCGGGAGGAGACGUCUGCUCCUCUGACUCCUUCAACGAAGACAUAGCUGUGUUUGCAAAACAGAUUCGCGCAGAGAAGCCUUUAUUUUCUUCCAACCCAGAGCUGGAUAACUUGAUGAUUCAAGCUAUUCAAGUCCUACGAUUUCACCUCCUGGAAUUAGAGAAGGUCCACGAGCUUUGUGAUAACUUCUGCCACCGGUACAUCAGCUGCCUGAAAGGCAAAAUGCCCAUUGACCUGGUCAUAGAGGAGCGAGAUGUCUGCAAGUCGGACUUUGACGACCUCUCGGGAUCCUCCACCAACCUGACAGAUCACAACCCAGCUUCCUGGAGAGACAUGGAUGACGCCCACUCCACACCCUCUGUGGGCACCCCGGGACCGUCCAGUGGGGGACAUGUCUCCCAGAGCGGAGACAACACCAGUGAACUCGGAGAUGGCCUCGACAACAGCUUGGCAUCACCAGGCACGGGAGACGAGGAUGACCAGGACAAAAAGAGGCAGAAGAAACGAGGCAUCUUCCCCAAAGUGGCCACAAAUAUAAUGAGAGCAUGGCUCUUCCAACAUCUUACGCACCCGUACCCCUCAGAGGAACAGAAAAAGCAGCUAGCACAAGACACAGGACUCACCAUCCUUCAAGUGAACAACUGGUUUAUAAAUGCAAGGAGGAGAAUAGUCCAACCUAUGAUUGACCAGUCCAACAGAGCAGUGAGUCAGGGUACAACUUACAGUCCAGAUGGUCAGCCAAUGGGAGGCUUUGUUCUUGAUGGGCAGCAGCACAUGGGUCUCCGACCUGGAGGGCCAAUGGGUGGCGUGGGUAUGAACAUGGGCAUGGACGGGCAAUGGCACUACAUGUAAACCCGCUACCCUGAAGCGAGCUGGAAAACAAGGCCUCCAUGGUUGGCUCAGGGAUCUUCUUCCACCUGGCUGUGGCGCUCAGCAUGGAGCUGCCUCUGCCCCCGCAUCAAACCCACCUGACUGUCAAACUCACCUGAUCACUCCUGCCUCACCUUGCUGGAGCCCGCACGGAGCGCGAUGUAGAUGAUCACCAUGGAAACGCCCAAUCUUUGGACCAGAGGCCGCCUUCAAACUUUGACUGUAAAGUGAACAUAGACUCAGUGUGGUCGAGGAGCGUGGCGGCUGCGCGGACUUCACAGCGAACAGAAGCAGUUUGACACAGUUCCUCUAUUUCCUUUUAAAUUAUUUAUUUAUUUUUCUACAACGGCGAACCACGGAAAAGACGACUUCUCUUUGUUUUUUUUUAAGUAGGCUAAAGCUUUAGCCUUCCCCUAAACAAAAAAAAUAAAAUAAAACACAGAGUGAAACUGUACAAAGAAACACCCCCUCCUUUAAAGAUAAAGGACAAAAACUGGAAUAUCUUUAAAUCUGAGACUCGCCGAGAACUGUAGCCUAGCCUAAUUGUUGUGCUGUGUAAAUAUGUGCUCUUUAUUUGGCUGGUCGUCUCCAUGUAUGCGCUUGCGAUCACUAGACUAGAUGUUACAGUGAGCUUUUACCACUGAUGUGUUCUUUUUAAAUCACAACUAAAACCAAACUUUUUUAAGAAAACCCUCUGAAUGUUUGUUUUUGUUUAUUUCUGCACUCCAUCCCUGUCUUCUUUACUUGUGUUUUUAGACAGGGGCUGAAACUACUUGCUGAGGGAAGGUGACUUGAUGGA